CUCUCUGGUGGUUUUUAUCUCGGUGUUUGUCUCCUGAUGUCCUCCAUCGGUUUUUUUUAUCUCUCUGUGACGGCAGAAGGAGUUACUUUUUUUUUUUUUAUCUUUGACUUUGAUGUCGGACACUCGGUGUGUUUUGCGCCUGAAGGCGUUGUGCGUGCGCGCAGUUUGCGCACAUUUUACUCUCCUGGACGUGUCCGCUGUUGUUGAGCUUCCGACGUCCCUCAUAAAUGAUCUUCUUCCUCAUCUGAACGUACGUUUCUUGGAUGAACUUCAACCAGCCCUGAAUGUGAGAGGUAUCUCCACCUACAGAGGAUGGCUUUCGGUCCUACGGAGCAUCGGUGCAUCUCAUCGUCUGUUUCUCAUUCGCACAGAAGCAGAAGCCAAACAACAAGUGAUGGAGAUGUUGUUUCCUUCAGUUUUUUAUCACUCCAAAAAUGAACUCAUCACCAGGCACAUUUCAAAUAUCGAUACCAAGUCCCUCCUGUUGGUCAUGGCCAAAAACCUGAGACACUUUUCCAUCAGACCCACCUCUCAGUGCCUUCAAGGUUUAACUGCUGAGCAGUGGCCUCUGUUGGCCAUGUUGGAGAGCAGCGUCAGGAGUGUUGGAGUCGUCCACCGCCUGGACCUGUCAGCCCACCAGUCACGCUGCGCUCUCUACGUGCUUCAUCGCCUGCUUGACCACGGCCACACCACCAAAGUGGUGAUAUGUGAGCAGGCUCUGCCGAUGCUGGCCUGGGUCCUACAGGACAGGGACUCUUGCUUUGUCAGUCCCUCUGCCAGCAUGGCUCCUGGACCUGAAACAAAAACCUUUGAUGUACAUGACGUGGAUCACGUCCCUCCACGCAAACGCCAGCUGCUGGAUUCUGCGCCUGUGAUGAAGGACUCCAACAUUUCCACAUAUCCUUUGAGCCCAAAGGAUCUUUGUCAGACCUUCAGUCGGUGUGCUGGUCCAUCACUGCCGGAUUGUCCACGUGGACAAAUCCAGUCUCUGCAGAUCAAUCAGUGUGGACCCGCCACGCUCAGCAUCCUGAUCCGCCGGCUGCCAUCAUGGUUUUCCCUGCAAUCCUUGUCUCUGCACAGCCGCUGGACCUUCUGCGAUUCAGACGUGCUGUCCUUGGCAAGGCCCCUGAAGCAGCUGUCUGAGAGCCUCAGCAGCUCUCUGACUGAGCUCAGCAUCAGCGUGCUACCCUCUGCUGACCUGGUGGACACGCUGCUGGAUGCAUGCACCAACCUGACCAGCCUGUCUGUGGAGAUCCAACUCAUGGCAGAGGGACUGCACCACCCCAGGUCUGCUGAGCUAGCCACUAUCUCAGAACUGCCUCUGGAGAAGCUGUCAGUCAAAGCAGCUCAGAUGCAAAUGGACAUGGUGUGGUUGACGUCAUUGCUGAGACGAUGUCCAGGUCUAAGCUGGCUUCAGGUCUGUGGGAUCAGACUACCCCAGGGUUCCUCACAUCACCGGCUCCUCUGCACUCUUUCAGCAUCCAAUCAGAGUUUGAGAAGACUCCAGCUGGAGGACAUCAAUCUGUCAGGUUGCCUCUGUGACAUCAUAAAGUUAUUGAGCGCCUGUGCUUUGGAAGAGCUGUGCCUCAGAGACUGUCGGCUCGUUGAGAAGUGCAGUGAUAAGGACGAAUAUGUGUGCCAGCUGGUGUCCGCUCUCAACAAAAUACCAUCUCUGCACUCACUCAGUCUGGCUCAGAACCGCCUUGGCAGCAGUGUGUGUGUGCUGGUGGAUCUGUUCUCAGGACCAUCCCAGAGCUCUGUGAGACAUCUGGACCUGAGCUCUAACUUCGUUCAGCCGGCUGACCUGCUGGAGUUCGGACACAGAUUGAAAGCACAGCGUCUGUGUCACCGACUGACAUUGGACCUCCGGGAGAACCCUGGGGAUCGAGACCCGGAGACCUGGAAUGCCGCUCUGGGUGCUCUUCGUCCAUUGUGUGAGCUGGUGAUUGAAGGCUGGAACUCCACAAACAUGAUGGCUGACCACAUCAGCAACAUGUGAGCAGAGCAGGAAGUGAGCAUCGACCACAUCAACAACAUGUGACCAGAGCAGGAGUGCGCCUUGAUCCUGAGCUGGCGGGCUAAAGACCAUCUUUUCCCUCAAAUGUUGUUUGACUUUAAUUUAUUCCACCUGUGAGGGGGCAGAGCGUUCUGCUAUCAGCCUUCUGGCUGUUCUUUGUUCUCUGUUUGUUUACUGUUGUGAAAUAAAUUCUUUUGAGUGUUGCAGAUUUUUCAUCUUUCGACCUGGAACCCAUGUGGAUCCAAUCUGUCCCUGUUCCAGCCUGAAACUGUCUGAGUGCUGAUUCAACUGACAAACACUCCUCCAAUGACAGCCACCGAAGCCUGUAACAGCAUUAGAGCUGUGUGAGUGUCUUGAUGGCUUCCCUCACUUGUCUCCUUCCAGCAUGCCCCCUGCUGACAGGUUUGCUAUACUGCAUUGCACUUUGACUGAUGUUCUUGUGUUCAUCCCUGAAAACAACUAACAGCAA